AUGUCAUCGGCUACGAGCUGUGAAUCAGGAUCUGUCAAGGCAAGAACUGCUACAGGAUCUGCCUGCCAAUUCAGUUUAUAUUCUAACAGAUUGGGUGAUGAAAUGACUUCCGGAAAAAUACAUGGAGUCACAGGAAGAUGUUUCGCCAAGCGAGGUUUAUCAUGCCAUAUUAGUGUGGUGGUGAAGAAAGUAACUAGUGCUACUACAAAAAGCACACAGCCAAAGAAUACUACGGGUAAUGAUGAAAGUGAGAAUGAAGAAACUAGUGACGAAGAGGGCAAGGAAGAAGAAAUGUCUGCACAAAAUAGUUAUACUCAUACAGUUUAUGUUCAUGCUAUGGAUCAUUGUGUUCAGGAUAAUGAAUCUGUCGUUGCCAUUCUUCAAGAUGUAUUGACACGUCUUAAAGCAGAUGAUCCAUCGAUAGAAUAUGCGUACUGUCGUGCAGAUAACGCAGGAUGUUACCAUUCUGCCGGUACAAUCGUGUUGUUACCGCUGAUAUCUGAAAAAACUAAAAUUAAAAUAUUACGUAUUGAUUUUUCUGAUCCACAGGCUGGAAAAUCGGCAUGUGAUCGAUACGUAGCUGUCAUAAAAGGAAACGUACGACGAUAUCUCAACGAAAAACAUAAUAUAACGAAUGCUGCAGAAUUUGUCGAGGCCAUACAUUCAUAUGAAGGAGUGAAAGGAUUUCAGGCGUAUGAAUGUAGUGUUGAAAAAUUGCUUGCAAUUAUUACCAUUAAAAUAAUUAUAUUAUCAUUUUUUUUAAAUCAAUCUUUCUUAGAUAGAUUUUAUGGAGGGAAUCAUGCCUAG